AUGGUGGGCCGACCGGAGCGCCCAUCCGCCCUAGGGCUGCGUUCCUACUCUCACGAGCCUCUCAGCAAUAAUGCUAGCGUCGCCAGUCUCACCAGCGCCAGCAUGAGCAACCUCUCUCUCGCCGACCUCCCCAGCCCGCGCGCCGGCGAUGCACCACCUGCACUCUCCCCUCUGGACGCCCUUGCGCUGCAGGGACGACUGCUGGCAAAGCGCUUCGAGCAGGCCGACAAGAGCGGACGUCGUCUCAGCAGACUGGCGCCGCUCACUAUCCAGAAUGAGUUCGGCAACCGCUCCGGCUACUUUUCCUCGCUGUCGUCGACCGUCAGCUCUCCCAACGAGGACCUCGGGCCUAUCUCAGCAGGUGGUGUCGCACCGCCUGCCGAGACGUCCCCUCGCCAGCACGUGUCAGACAGGCACAAGUCGUGCUACCCGCAGAUCAGCAACGAGGAGCCCCAGUAUGCCCAGUCGCUACCCGCACGCAGCCCUCUUGCCCCAAUUGGCGAGAGCAGUCCCGCCAGCCCGCCGCAGGGCUACUUCGACAUCCCAAGGUCGCACUCGCAUGACACCGUGGAGCCUCACAUCGGUGUCCGAGAGGCUACGCCCGUCAGCCCUACCGGUCCAACACCAACAUCUCAAUUGUUCUUGAGCCCCCAGAGGAAGCCGUCGUCUGACUCGAUGCCCCGUUUCCAACCACGCUCCAACCUGCUUCCCCCAAGAAAGGCCAGCAACCACUCGCAACGCUCUCCGAGACUGUCACCAAGCAUCAGGUCUGUCCAAGACAGCUCAGAUGAGGUUGACGACCUGCCACUGAGUGGCUCGUAUGAUUCUUUACCGCGCAACAGAGCUCUGUCCCCUAGCUCCAGCCUGUCCCGCGCUCAAUCCCCCUUUACACCCACAACGACCAUGCCUCGCUCCCCUUCUGCGGCUUCGGAGCACUCCGUAAAUGGACAUCUCCCCCGUCCAGCUUUCAACUUCUCUAGGCCAAUCAGCCGGCAGAGCACCAGACCUUCCAUUGAUUGUGUCAGACCUUCCAUUGAUUGUGUCAGGCCUUCGCUCGACAUGCCUUCUAGACAGCCUUCAGACGAGAGUGUCUUCAUGAGGCCCUCUUGUGACAGCAACCUUAAGCGCCAGGAUUCGACUGACGGACUCACCUCUAACUAUGCCAACGAGACAGUACAUACUCCUGUCAGUAUGGUCAGUGAGGACUUCCGCCGAUCAGGCGAUUAUUCGAACAAUCCGGCACCAUCUUACACAUACACUACAUUCGACCUGCCCCGGGGCAGGAAGCUUGAUCGCCGAUCAAUCGGCAUCGAGGACUUCUUCAAGAAGCAAAUUACCUGGGACCAGUCUAACGGACAGCAAAGGCCACCUUCACCCGAGUCACCACCUCGUUCAUUCGAACAGAAACGAUCGCCACAGACCCCAUCACUCACUUCAAGCAACAGCACCAUUCGUGCUGCCACUGCCGGUACCGCAGAAGUCACUGCUCAAGAGCAUUGCGAUAUUGGCAUCGGAUUGCACGAAAAGGGCGAGCUGUUGAAGUCCACCUACCAUCUGCGCCUGGCAGCUCGUGGAGGGCUUCCCGAAGCCAUGCUUUGGUAUGGUCUUGCCUGCCGCCACGGUUGGGGUAUGCGCGAGAACAAGGCAGAGGCACUGCAGUGGCUGCGCCGCGCUGUCGAUUCUGGUCACCUUGAGAUCGCAGACGAUGAACAAGGACAGUCAACCGACAUCACCAAAAAGAAGCAACAUCGCGCGCAGUACGCCGUCGCAAUCUACGAGCUCGGCAAGUGCUACAUGAACGGCUGGGGUGCUGCUCAGGACAAGACGCUUGCUCUUCGCUGCUAUGAAAUCGCAGGAAACUGGGGCGACCCUGACGCUCUAGUCGAAGCUGGCUACUGCUACGCAGAAGGCGUUGGCUGCAAAAAGGAUAUGAAGAAGGCUGCCAAGUUUUACCGCGCAGCUGAAGCCAAGGGUAUCAGCAUGGUCGGUAACAGCUGGAUCUACAAAGACAAGUACAACGACGACAACACUAGCACCUCCGACUCUCGCUCCGUCCGUUCGGGACGAUCAACCAAAAAGGACAAUUCUGAGAAGAAGUCCCGCGACAAGAGCCGCACGCGUACCAUCUUCGGCCGCAAGAAGAGCCACACUGCAUCUUCAACUUGA